AUAGAGUUUAGAGAAAAGUGUCACAAAAAGGUCGUUCAAUGUCUCUUGUUAUGUUGUGUUCAAUAAAGACUAAUUAACGAAUUGUGUAUAGUCAAUGGUCCGGUCACACCUCGUGUAAAGACACAACAUAAAUUGGCGACGAGAUAAAAAGGAACAAAGCGAAAAUCCGUGAAAAAUCGAAGUCGUAACCUCCAAACCCGGAAGUGAGUCUUGUCAGCCAUUUUCCAUCAGUCCAGUCGGAUUGUCGGAAGUUAGUUGCAGUCGAAUGUCAUUGUAAAAACCAUAGAAAACAACAAUCAACAAAAUGUCACUUAUUGGUACGAUCGAACCCAUCGACUUAGAAAAAACGGAAAUCGAAAGCUACCUGGAGAGAAUGGAUCACCUGUUUAAGUGCAAUCAAGUCGAAGGUAAUCAUGAAGUCGAUUUAUUUGUCACCCUGGUUGGAAGUGAAGCAUACAGAGUGAUGAAAAACGCUGUCAAACCGAACAAAGUUGCUAGUCAGUCGUACGAGGAAUUAAAGGCAAUAUUAAAGCAGCGAAUGGCUCCAGUGAAGUCAGUCACGUUCGAAAGUCACCUGUUUUAUAAAAUUAGUCAAGGUAGUAUGUCGAUCGCUGAAUAUAUAAGUAAACUCAAAGAACAAGCGGAUUUGUGUGAGUUUGGAAAUUUUUUAGAUCGUGCACUGAGAGAUAAGUUUAUAAGUGGUAUGUCAAAUAAGAAGAUACAAAACCGUCUACUGUCUGAGAAGGAUUUGUCGUUUUCCAAGCUGUGCGAGUUGGCUUUAGCACAAGAAUUAAUACAGUCAGAGAGCCUUGAGUUACAGCAAGAUGGUAAAGUAAAUAAGUUGUAUAGAGGAAACUCGUCCAAACAAGUGAGUCAAAGAAGGAAGGAUGUCAGUCAAAGUCAAGUACGUGGUCAAAUGUCAGUGUCGUGUAGUCCGAAGUCCAGUCGGAGCUUAGCAUCGUCCAGUCAAAAGUCGAAUAAAAACUCUACGUCUACGUCUGUUAGUCAAAGGUCAAGUCGAGGCCAGUCCUGUCUUAGAUGUGGAAGGUUCCAUAAUCCAGACACGUGCCCAGCCAAAGAGUGGGAGUGCUUUUUAUGUCAUCGUCAAGGCCAUACGUCCAGAGUCUGUAGGAAUAAACAGAAGAAAGUCCAUUUACUAGUCGAUCAAGAGGAUGUCACGGAGGAAGCAAAAGAAGAGUCGACCGAUGAAGAAUUCGUGGGAUUCUGCAAGAACAUUCAGGUGUCAAGUAAGUCUAAUCCAGCUAUUUUGAAAGUUAAUGUUGAAAAACGCAUAAUAGACAUGGAAGUUGAUACAGGCGCAAGCGUAAGUUUAAUUUCUGUUGAUACUCGUAACAAAUAUUUUAAAGAUAUACCAAUUUGUAAAAGUAGGUUAAAAAUUAAAACCGUACAAGGAGAUCAGUUACAAAUUGUAGGUGAAAUGAUGGUAAAGGUUAAAUGUAUUGAGUCCGAUGUCAAGUAUGAAUUGCCGUUAGUCGUUGUCUUGUCUAAAAUCGAGUUUAUACCACUACUGGGUAGGAAUUGGCUAAAUAUGUUAUUACCUAGGUGGCGUGAAAGUUUGCAUUGUAAUGUCAUUGAGGUAGAUAUUUCAAAAAUUGUGUCUGAAUUUAAAGACAAGUACAGAAAUGUCUUUAGUAACGAUAAAGCAAAAUGCAUCAAAAAUUUUAAAUGUAAUAUUGUGUUAAAAGAAAAUGUUACCCCUGUAUUCCACAAACCGUAUACCGUCCCUUACUCUAUUAAAGAAGAAGUGGAAAAGGAACUUGAAGAAAUGGUAGUAAAUGGAAUAUUGGAAAAGGUUGAAUACAGCGAGUGGGCGAGUCCAAUAGUCGUAGUGCCCAAAAAGUCAUCGAAGUCCUUAAGAAUCUGUGUUGAUUUUAAGGUAACUCUUAAUCCAUUAAUCAAGGUUAAUCAUUACCCAUUACCGAGGGUAGAAGAUAUUUUUAACCAAGUUGCUAAGGGGAAAUUCUUCACUGUUCUUGAUUUGAGUAAUGCUUAUCAACAGUUAGAGAUGAGCCCUGAAUCCAAACAUUUGUUAACGAUUAACACACACAAAGGUCUUUAUCAGUAUAAUAGAUUACCUUACGGCGUAGCUUGUGCACCAGCACAAUUUCAAGCAAUUAUGGAUCAGAUACUUCAGGGAAUUAAAAAUGUUGGCUGUUAUUUAGAUGAUGUCAUUAUCGUGGGUCAGUCGCUUGAAGACUGCUUCAGGAAUGUUGAAAUUGUUCUGUCUAGAUUAGAUAAGUUUAAUGUCAAGGUGAAUUUCCAAAAAUGUAAGUUUUUCGUCCAAACGGUGGAAUUUUUGGGUCACGAGUUGUCGGAAAUAGGAAUCAAACCUAUGAAGAGUAAAAUGGAGGCUAUCGAAAGAGCACCCGAACCCAAAAACCUGCAACAGUUACGCUCGUAUUUAGAAUUACAUCCGUUGUAUAGGUUAGAGCAAAAAGAUGUCCCAUUCGAAUGGUCCAGUAAAUGUCGACAAGCCUUUGAGAAGAGCAAGCAGUUAUUGCUAAACAGUAAAGCUUUAAUUGCAUACUCACUUGAUUUACCUUUAGUUAUGGCUGCCGAUGCGUCCCAAUAGGCCUUUUACGCUGAUCACCGAUCACUUACCGUUGAAAACAAUCCUGGGAGCGAAAAAUAAAAUACCUACUCUGUCUGCUGCGAGAUUACAACGAUGGGCGUUGAUCCUACAAGCUUACCAGUAUGAAAUCAAAUACCGGAAAGGACAAGAUAUGGCAAACGCUGAUGCCAUGUCACGACUUCCACUUGAAGAAUCGACGGAAGAAAAAGCGUAUUCUUUUUCUGAUUAUUAUGUGCUACCGUUGACAGCACUUGAGAUAGUAGAAUGCACCAAGCAAGACCAAACACUUUCUAAAGUGAUAGAAUAUACACAAAAAGGUUGGCCCAACAAGAUUAACGAAAGUAAUCUGAAACCAUAUUACAUCCGAAGAAGUGAAUUAACAGUUGAAAAUAAUUGUUUACUCUGGGGGAAUAGAGUUGUCAUUCCAUUCCAACUGCGGGAUUCAGUCUUGAAAUUGCUACACGAUAAGCAUAUAGGGAUAGUUCGAGCAAAAAUGUUAGCACGUGGUGAAGUUUGGUGGCCUAAUCUAAAUCAAGAUCUGGAGAAUUGUAUUAACUCUUGCGAAAAUUGUCAAUCCUUACAACCCAAAGCAGUUCCAGUACCGUAUACACCAUGGUCAAAAACCGAGCGAGUUUGGGAGAGAAUACACAUUGACUUCUUGGAAAAAUUUAACAAGAAAUUCUUGAUAGUAGUAGAUAGCUACAGUCGAUGGAUCGAGAUACAGAUAAUGCAUGGAACAAAUUCGUCUAAAACUAUUCAAGCGCUAAAACACAUAUUUGCUACGUUCGGAAUUCCAGAAGAGAUAGUAUCAGACAACGGACCUCCAUUUAAUGGGGAGGAAUACAAGAAGUUUGCACUUUCAAUAGGCACAAAAGUAUCCUUGACUCCACCAGUUCAUCCUUGCUCAAAUGGCAAAGCGGAAAAGUAUGUGGAUACCAUCAAGAGAGGCUUAUUGAAGCAAUUAAAGGAUAAUGAAAAACAGAAAAUUACCAUGACUUUACAGGAACAGAUCGAUGAAUACUUGUUUUCUUUUCGCAAUACACCCAACUCAGUCACAGGAGUUUGUCCGGCGAAUUUAGUAUUAAAACGCCAACCCAGAACAAAACUCUCCUUACUAAAACCAACAUUUUUAAGAGGGAAGAGAAGAGAAGAUAAAAUCGAUGGAAAAGUGAAAAUAUACCAGGAUAGUAAAAGAGGAAUAAUGAGAAGAUUCUAUGAAGGCCAAAAAGUACUUACCUUCGAUACUCGUGUCAACAGGUGGAUUCCUGGAAAAAUUGCAAAGGUCGUCAGUCCAGUUACAUAUUUAGUAAUGGUGAAUAAUCAGGUACGAUAUCUUCAUGCCGAUUACCUAAAGAUGUCCAUAUUAGAAGAAGAGACAAAUCCAAUUGUAAGACCGUACAUACAAGGGAGUAACCCCAGUCCUUCGGUCAGCGUUGAGAAGGCUCCGGAUGAGAAUGUUCAGGAAGAAGUGAUUGAAGACUCAAGUGUUUCUUUACCUGAUAGUCCAAAUCCUGACCAAGCACCUAAAAGUCCUGCUCCAGUUUCUAUAACGCCUCAGGUACUCAGACGUUCACAAAGAACCAUAAAGGCGCCCUCUAGGCUUGAUUUGUAAAGGGGGAAGAGUGUUAUGUAUUGGGUUAAGUUUAGUAAGUUAAGUUGGUACUAUAGAGUUUAGAGAAAAGUGUCACAAAAAGGUCGUUCAAUGUCUCUUGUUAUGUUGUGUUUAAUAAAGACUAAUUAACGAA